CCUCCGGUGAUCUUCCUCUGGUGUUAACUUUUCUGAACUGUCUUUGACACAAUGGCAAAAGGGAAGAAAGGGAAAGGCGGUAAAGCAAAAACAGGCGAUGAGAAGGACAAGGCGCUGUACCAGGCCGAGAUACAGUACUUGCAAGAUCAGCUGCAAAGAUGUCAGCAGAAAUGUAAGCAAGUGGAGGGGCAACAUGAGGACUUACAGUCCAAAUUCAAUGCACUGGAGAAAGAGAAAGAUGACAUUGCUGAGUAUCUGCAAAAGUCUGCCAUUAAGAAGGAGCAGAAGCUUGAUGACGUGUUGAGUCGUCUGGAGAUUCAACAGCACGAUGCACAAAAGGACAGAGAUGCCAUGCAGCUGGAGCAAGAGCAGCUGAGGCAAAAAUUCCAAGACAAGGUAGACAAGCUGCAAGAGGAGAAAGAGGAAUUUGAGAAAAGUAUGGCCAGUCUGGAGGAGUUUCGUAUUCAGAAGGAGCAGCUCAUGUCCAGCAUGGAAGCUCUGAAGAGAGAGCUGGCCGACGAGAAAAGGGAUCACCUUGACGAAAUCCACAAGCUGGAGAUGGAUGCGCUGCUUGAAAGGAAGAAACGGGACCAGAAGCUGGAGAACCAUCUGAGAGCCAUGGAGGAGAGGGUGAAGGACAUGGUGAAUGAGAAGGUUACUGACAUGACCAAGCUGACCCUUAAAGAGAACGCGGAGGUCAGUGCCAAGUUUAUCCAGCUGACAGAGGAGGCAAAGGUCCUGAUGAAGAACAACUGCGCUCUGCGAGACCGCAACAGUCAACUCAACGUGGACGUGGACAGCCUGGAGAAAAUGCUAGCUGAGCUCUCCCGCAAGGGCGGGAUGCGCAAGGCGGUGAUGGCGAAGCUGGGAGACAAGUGUCAGCAGCUACAGCGGGAGGUGAAGGCCUUCAAGCAAGAGUAUGAGCACCUAAAGACCAAACAUGAUCAGUGCCUCGUUCUCCUCCAUAAUGACCUGGAGGCACUUAGACAGGACAGGAAGGCACUAAGUACCGAGUUGAGGAAAAAGACAGAAGAGGCAAGUCAAUGUAGUUCAGAGCUAAAGAAGGUGAAGACGCAGUGGAUGAAGUGGUGGAAGAUUCUGUCUUGGAAGAUGCCAUCCGUAUCAAGGCCCGAAGGAAUUGCAGAUUUAGCACAAUAUUUGGAAGAUGAGGAGGCAAAGGAAAUAAAGAAAGCAAGAAUAAAGGCAGCAUUGCAGAUGGAACAAAAAGAGCAAACAGAUGAAGACACAGAAGACACAGAAGACGCUGCAAGUGAAGAGGCGGACAUUUGACCGGAGCAGCAAGUCAGGAUCUUUCGCUGUCCUACCUCAGGCCCACAAAUCACUUUUUAUACCUCCUGCACCAAAACGCUUUCACACAUUCUCUUUUCAUGCUGGGACGUGGGCCUAUCCUGUCUGUGCACCGGGACACUUUCCAGGCUGAAGAUGACCAGCUCAAUUAACCUGACCGACUCAGCGGUCAGACAGCAGACCCUCCUCAACAUAAACACCCCAGAAAACAAGACAAAAGGGUUCGAACUUACCACUGAACAGCUGAACUCACACUCUGAUUCAGUGCUAAUACUUAUUUACCUGCUCAUCAGAUCCAGUGCAAAAUACAUUUUUUUUUAAAAAUCAUUUUC